UUCAUAUUUCUCCAAAUCUCUAUUUCCUCCCAUUUCAUCUUCCCCUCUAAGCCAAAAAUAGACGCACACCCACACUGAAGCUCGCUCGCCCCACCCAACCAUGGCGAAGCCUCGCAAGCCCAAGAACGAGGACGCCAAGCCCGACAAUUCUGGCCCCCUCGUCCGCCACCAGAAGCUCUGCCUCUCCAUCGACCUCGCUCACCGUCGCAUUUACGGGUACACUGAGCUGAAGGUCACGGUCCCGGAGAUAGGGAUUGUAGGGCUACACGCCGAGAAUUUGGGGAUUGAGGGUGUUUCUGUCGACGGAGAGCCGGCGGAUUAUGAGUACUACCCUCACAGUAAUCACAGGGAUUCGGAGAGUGAGAGGAACUGGAGCUCCGUGACGUCGCCGAGCUCUGCUGCUGAUGCGGCUGGUUCGUGUUACAUUUCGGCUCUGGAGAGGGAAUUGGUGCCGAAUUUACUGAUUAAUUGCUGCAAGGCGUUCAAGGGUCGAAGUGAAGUGCAGGAGCAGGUGGUGGCGGCGGAGAACGAGGCGCUUCAGUCGUCUGAAGAAGCCAAGCAGAAUUUGAGAUUGAUUCGUAUUGAUUAUUGGGUAGAGAAAGCCGAGACCGGGAUUUACUUCCGUGAUAAUGUACUACACACUGAUAACCAAAUGCGCCGUGCAAGGUGUUGGUUCCCUUGUAUAGAUGACUGUUCACAGAGAUGCUGCUAUGAUCUGGAGUUUACUGUGGCACAGAAUCUUGUGGCUGUUAGCACUGGAACCCUACUCUACCAGGUCUUGAGCAAGGAUGACCCCCCUCGCAAAACAUAUGUCUAUAAUUUAGAUGUUCCAGUUAGUGCUUGGUGGAUAUCUUUGGUGGUUGCACCGUUUGAAAUCCUUCCGGACCACCAAUCUGGUCUAAUAUCUCACAUGUGCUUGCCAGCAAAUUUGCCAAAGCUUCGCAACACUGUUGAAUUUUUUCAUGGGGCAUUUAGCUGUUAUAAGGAUUAUCUGGCGGUAAACUUUCCAUUUGGGUCAUACAAACAAGUUUUUAUAGAGCCUGAGAUGGCGGUAUCCUCCUUGAGUUCAGGGGCGUCCAUGAGCAUAUUUAGUUCUCAAGUUUUAUUUGAUGAGAAGAUUAUUGAUCAGACUAUUGACACAAGGGUUAAGCUUGCAUUUGCACUUGCAAGACAAUGGUUUGGUGUUUAUAUCACUCCUGAGGCACCGAAUGAUGAGUGGCUGCUGGAUGGUCUAGCUGGGUUUCUGACAGAUUUGUAUAUCAAAAAGUAUUUAGGGAAUAACGAAGCCCGCUAUCGGAGAUUCAAGGCAAAUUGUGCCGUUUGUAGAGCGGAUGAUAGUGGUGCUACUGCUCUAAGCUCGACUGCGUCUUGUAAGGAUUUGUUUGGCACUCAGUGCAUUGGAAUAUACAGCAAAAUUAGAUCAUGGAAAUCUGUGGCUAUACUUCAAAUGUUGGAAAAGCAGAUGGGGCCCGAGUCUUUCCGUAAAAUUUUGCAAACAAUAGUUUCGAGGGCUCAAGACAAGACCCGUCCUGUGAGAUCUCUCAGUACAAAGGAGUUUAGGCAUUUUGCUAAUAAAGUUGGUAAUCUUGAGCGCCCUUUUCUCAAAGAAUUCUUCCCUCGCUGGGUAGAAUUGUGUGGUUGUCCAGUUCUGAGGAUGGGCUUCUCCUACAACAAACGAAAGAAUAUGGUUGAAGUUGCAGUUUUACGUGGGUGUACAGAGAUAUCGGAUUCAAGUGAUUCAACUGUUAAUGCUAAUUCAGAAUCUGAAAAGCGUGACAAUGAUACUGGAUGGCCUGGAAUGAUGAGCAUCAGAGUUCAUGAACUUGAUGGAACAUUUGAUCAUCCUAUGCUGCCAAUGGCUGGAGAAACAGUCCAGCUGCUGGAAAUACAAUGUCAUUCAAGGCUUGUGGCUAAACGCUUACAGAAGCCUAAAAAGGGCUCAAAGCCUGAUGGAGCAGAUGAUAAUGGAGAUGCAACUCCUGCCCUAGAUAUACGCUCCAGUAUGGAAUCUCCGUUGCUGUGGAUGAGGGCAGACCCAGAAAUGGAAUACCUUGCUGAAAUUCAUUUUAAUCAACCUGUACAGAUGUGGAUUAAUCAGUUGGAGAAGGACAAAGAUGUUGUUGCUCAGGCACAAGCAAUUGCAAUGCUUGAAUCCUUGCCACAGCUUCCAUUCUCUGUUGUUAAUGCUCUGAAUAACUUCCUCGUUGACUCCAAGGCGUUCUGGAGAGUUCGAAUUGAGGCAGCCUUUGCAUUAGCUAAUACAGCAUCUGAGGAUACGGAUUGGGCUGGCCUACUCCAUUUGGUGGCAUUCUAUAAAAGUCGAAGGUUUGAUGCAAAUAUUGGACUUCCCAAACCAAAUGACUUUCAUGAUAUUCCCGAAUACUUAGUUCUUGAGGCAAUUCCACAUGCUGUAGCUAUGGUUAGAGCCGCUGACAAGAAAAGCCCAAGAGAGGCUGUUGAGUUUGUCCUACAAUUGCUGAAGUACAAUGACAACAGUGGCAACUCAUAUUCUGAUGUCUUCUGGCUUUCUUCAUUAAUUCAGUCUGUCGGAGAACUUGAAUUUGGGCAACAGAGUAUUGUCCUUUUAUCAUCUCUUUUGAAGCGUAUUGAUCGGCUUUUGCAAUUUGACAGGUUGAUGCCUAGCUAUAAUGGUAUCUUGUCAGUCAGCUGUAUCAGGUCCCUGACACAUAUUGCUUUGAAACUUUCCGGAUUUGUCCUUCUUGAUCGUGUAUUUGAACUUGUAAAACCUUUUCGCGAUAUCAAGGCCAUAUGGCAAGUUAGGGUUGAAGCAAGCAGAGCACUCCUUGAUCUUGAAUUCCACUGCAAAGGCAUUAAUGCAGCUUUGGCGCUGUUUAUGAGAUAUUUAGAUGAAGAGCCAUCAUUCAGAGGGCAGGUGAAGUUGGCUGCGCAUGCUAUGAGGUUAUGCAAGAUAAGAGGUGGAUCCGAUUGUGAGGAUGAAGUUCAAAGCCAGACUCUUGUUGCUUUACUUCGCCUGCUUGAAGGCCAGAUGGCAUUUAAUAAUAUCUUUCUUCGUCACCAUGUAUUCUGCAUCCUACAAAUCCUUGCAGGAAGGCCCGCAACCUUGUAUGGAGUGCCAAGAGAUCAUAGACCUUUGCUUCUCGGUGAUGCAGAAGGCUCACACGUGCAGAAGAACAUUUUUGCUGCUUUCAUUCCACAAAGUAAAUCUCAGGAACUACCUUCUGACCAACCACAUGUUGGUGUGUCUGUUCCCGAAACUUCCGGAGAUGCUUUGCGUGCUACACAGUCUACCAUGGAUGGGUUGUCCGCCCCAGCCCCAGGAGCUUUGAGAGAUGAAUUGUCCAUUGCAACUCCGGAAGCGUCCAUGGGUGGGCUAUCAGUUCUGGCUCCCGAAGCUUCCAAGGGAGAUUAUGGUGCUUCAGAACCUCCCAAUGAUGCUUUCAAUAGUUUGGGUCCUCUAGAACCUUUCAGUGAUCAUAUGGUUAGUGCGGUAGAUCCUUCCGCUGGUGGUUUGAGUGCUGUGGAAACUUUCAAGGAUGUCAUGGUAGCAGUUCCUGAACGUUCCAAGGACAUCUUGAUAGUUCCUGAACGUUCCAAGGAUAUCAUGGUAGUUCCUGAACAUUCCAUGGAUAGCUUGGCAGUUCGUGAACCUUCCAAGGAAGCAGAUACCAUUACCAACAGCCACAGACGGAAGUUUCCCGUUGUUAAGAUCAGGGUCAAAAGAUCUACUACUACUACUAGCAGAGCAGAAGAAGGUGAUAUUCAAACUGUUGAGAGAUCUCAAGGUGGGCAUGCCAGCAGUUCUGUGUCUGUGGAUGCACCUCAACGAAAUUUCCGUGAUGUUGUUAGCCUUAGCAACUUUGAGGAAGUCAACUCUUGUCAUGAUCGUGGAUCCCGGAUGACUGUCAGCAUUGGUAGUGCCAAAUUCGCAAGUGAUGCUGAUGAUAAUGUAGGAAAGGAAUUGCAGUGCACUGCUGAUUCAAGCAAAGUUUCUGUACAGCCUCGAACAGAUAAAUCACCACCUAGUUUCAUGCAUGAGAACCAAGAUGCAGAGGUGCAGAAGUAUGCAAGCCUUCAAGCCCUUUCAGUUCCAAGAAAUGAUCAGAAUGGUGGUUCGUUUGGCACGGUCGAUGUACAGCCUCACGGUAAGGAAAAGGAGAAAAAGAAAGACAAGGACAAGAAAAGGAAGCGGGAUAAAGGGAAUCGAGAAGAUCCCCAGUAUUUAGAGCGAAAACGUUUAAAGAAGGAGAAAAGGCAGAAAGAGAAGGAGAUGUCAAAAUUGUUGAGUGAGAGUGCCAAAGUACCCUCCCCGGACAUACCAAAUAAGGAGGUUCUUGGAAUCAAAUCUGCAACACUGCAACCAGGUGAGCCCAGUAGAUCAAACAACAAAUUAGUCCUCAGAACUGUUGAAGCGACCAGGCCCGAGGCAUCUGGAGCAUCAGGAACUAAAACCAUCACCCCCAAGAUACGUAUUAAAACCAAAUUUCGAACUCUGGACAAAUCAUAGGCUCAUGGAAGCAAGUAUGCCUGUUCGUCUAUGAUGCAUUUAACUGGGGAGGGUGUAGAGAUUUGUGGUUAUGUGAUUCAUGAUUGACAAUUGCUACAACCCAAUGUAUUGUCGCUAGAGCUCCGGCCUAUGGUUUCUGAGAUAUUGUAAUUGCCGUUGGCAACCAUACCGGUUACAUUUGUAACCCUUGAUUAAUUUUCCGGUCAUGGAGAAAUUUUCCAGAUCCUCUGAAA